AUGUCCUCAUUGACUGUCACCAGCUCCGCGAGCCCUCCUCGCCCCGAGGCAAAAAGAAGUCACGGUGCCCAGCUGACGGCUGACGGCCAACCUACAACUCUUCCCUCGUCCAUCAUCCACGCCUCCAACAUUCCCACCAGCAACGAUAUCGAAGCCUGGUGGGAGGACUGCGGCCCCCUGUUCGGGCGCUUUCUCCAAGCAGGCAAAUACACCCUCCGCCAGCAAUUCCAGUACCUCCUCUUCCUCCGCAACCACCUUAUCCCAGCGCUCGGUCCGCACCCGCAGAAAUGGCGCAGCACAAUCACGCGCAGCGGCCUGCCCAUCGAAUACAGCAUCAACUUCCAAACGGACGGCCAGCCCACGCUGAGGAUCGGCUUUGAGCCCGUUGGUAUCCUCUCCGGAACGGCGGGGGACAGAUACAACCAGCUCGCGCCGGCAGACCUCGCCAGCGUGCUGGGGAAACUGCCGCUCCUGGCCAAUUUCGAUGCGAGGCUGUACCACCACUUUACCAACGACUUCGCGCUCUCCCGGGCAGAUGAAGCAUCACUUCGUCAACAGGAUGUCACGCCAGAGAAAGGCCACGUCGUCUCGCAAGCGGCGUUCGGCUUCGACCUCAAGGGCGACCGCGUAGCGAUCAAGGGCUAUGUCUUCUGCGGCCGCAAAGCCCUGGCAACGCACACGCCCGUCGGGGAGUUCAUCGCCUCCUCCGUCGCCCCCAUCACCCCGUUAACGGGCUCCUGCGCAGCCUUCGCCCUCGUGCACGAUUAUAUGACCGACACCUCGGGCUAUAACGAAUUCACCUUCCUCAGCUGGGACUGCGUCGAGCGCACGCAGUCCCGUCUGAAGCUCUACGGCGUCCACAACGAAGUAACGCCGCGGAAACUCGCGGAGAUGUGGACGCUGGGCGGGCGGCUGGAGGGCAUCCCAGAAAUCAUGCAGGGGCUGCAGCUCGCUCUACAACUAUGGGCUGCGCUUGGUCUCGACGAGGCGGAUGAUUGCGCGUAUACGGGUCGCUUCGAUGACGGGGUUACUUCCGGCGAGUGCGAGGUCUCUUCGCCGAUUCUCUGGAACUUCGAGUUCAACCCGGGACAGCGGUAUCCACUCCCUAAGGCCUAUUUCCCCAUUCAUGGCAGGCAAAGUGAUCGCCACGUUGCGGGGGCGCUGGAGGCCUUCUUUGGGAAGCUUGCGUGGAAGGAGCUUGCGGGGGGGUACACUAAGAUGGUGGAGGGAUUAUAUCCCGAUCGCGAUAUCUCGCAGACCUCUCGUCUGCAGUCGUGGUUGUCAUUUGCGUAUACCGAGAAGAGUGGUCCAUAUAUGAGCGUGUAUUAUCACUCCUCGGAGGCGUACCCAUGGACCGACUAG